GCCUUUUCCUGUGUCAGCCUGCACAUAGCUGCAACCAGGACACAACCUCAGUCAGUGACUCCGCAUAAAACUGCCAACUGGGACACCAGCCAACAUGGAACACACUGAGGUAUUCUCUCCAGCCGACAACAUGGACUUUGGGAACCUGGCUUCAAUCGGUGUUGGGGCAGCCUUUUAGGAAGGCAAGCAAUUUAAACCAGUCAGAACCAGUGAGCCAGUUAGAACCAGUGAACCAGUUAGAACCAGUGAACCAGUUAGAACCAGUGAGCCAGUUAGAACCAGUGAACCAGUUAGAACCAGUGAACCAGUUAGAACCAGUGAGCCAGUUAGAACCAGUGAACCAGUUAGAACCAGUGAACCAGUUAGAACCAGUGAGCCAGUUAGAACCAGUGAGACAGUUAGAACAAGUGAACCAGUUUGAACCAGUGAACCAGUUAGAACCAGUGAGACAGUUAGAACCAGUUAGAACCAGUGAGACAGUUAGAACCAGUGAACCAGUUAGAACCAGUGAGAUAGUUAGAACCAGUGAACCAGUUAGAACCAGUGAGCAGACAGAGAGAACUAUGUGGUACUAUAGAGACUAGAGAACUACGAUGAACACUGUGUUCUGAGAGAGAAGACAACAGAGGCUUCCACUGUUGGCCUUUCUACAGGGGGCACCAAUGCUGUGGUCAGAAAUUGAGGGACCCACCACCACUACUACCGAGCUUCACCACCACCCCUCUGACCAGCAACACAAAGUCCCAUAGGAGGAACCCGGAAGUGAAGCAGGAAGUAAGCGGCAGUGGUAGCAGAAAGCAUGCUGGGAUGUGGGGGCGGGGCCAAGCUGCGCCACAGUUUGACGGUGGCCUCGGGAUUCGUUGAAAACCUGUGUUUCUCGGGGAUAGCGUACAGCUGGGCGUCGCUGGUGUUCAUCCUUAAGAACGACGGCUACUUCAGUGACCUCUGUGACAUCACUGCCAAUGCCACCGACCCCGGUGACAUUAUCACGUUGUCAGGGGAGUGGCCCGGUGAUAACAUCAUACAGGCAGACUGUAGUGUCCAGGAUGAACAGUUCUCUCUGGUCUUCACCGUCGCCUCCUUCUCCACGAACUUCCUGCGUUUCCCUCUGGGCUUCCUGUUUGACUGCUUCGGCACCAUGGCGACCAGGCUCCUGGCCACAUGUCUGUACACCACGGGGACCUUGUUGAUAACUGUCUCCAGUCCAGAGCAGUCAGCGUUGCUGUUUCCUGCCAUCUCGUGCCUGAUCACAUCUGGAAUGUUGUUCUACACCACCAAUGCUCAGGUGGGGAACCUGUUCGACAGCCACCGUUCCACGGUCAUAUCGGUCUACGCCGGGGCCUUUGACUCCUCCGCCGCUGUCUUCCUCAUCAUCAAGUUUUUGUAUGAAAGAGGGGUCUCUUUCCACUCCUCCUUCCUCGUUCUCUCCGUCUGCAGCGUCAUCCACGUCUUCCGGACGUUCUUCCUCAUGCCCAAGACCCACAUCCCCUACCCACUCCCCGACAGAUAUGCUUACGGGGUGAGCUGCGGUGGCCGGCGUUGGGAGAGAGGGGGAGAGAGGGGAGAAAAGGACGGAGGAGGAGGAGAGAGAAAAGGAGAUGUGAAUGCCAAAUAUCAGAAGAAUGCUGUGUUACAGAAGGUUGAGAGUGCCCCGCUGCAGUUGCAGGACAAAGCAGGACCUUCCAGACCCGAUCAGCCCGAGAGAGUUACCAGUUUUAGGAGUUGUGUCCUGUCCUGGUUCUUCCUGUGGCACCUGGUCUGGGUGGCUGUCAUGCAGUUCUGUCACUUCCUGUUCAUCGCCACGGUGAACCCUAUCUAUGUGAACGUGGGUCUGACCCUCCUCACCUUCAUCCACCCCCUCCACGUCCACCUCCACUGCCGCUCUCUAGCCAGUCAGAGGAGGGCUACCGCCGAAGAGGAAGUGACAAACUCAGGGUCAAAGGUCACGUGCAACAGGCUGGUGGGGAUGUGACGACAACCAACAACAGUAGUGGCGCGUCUCAAUAGUCUAAAGUCGCUUCCUCUCCUUGUCUCCUUUCCUUUGAUAACGUUGAUCUGAUAAAAUUGGUGGAAAACAGGGUCUGUGUCCCAAAUAGUGCCCUAUCCCCUAGAUAAGGCACUACUUUUGAUGGGACCUGGUUAAAAGUAGUGCACUAUAUUAGGGAAUAGGGUGCAUUGGGGCACAGACAGGUGCCUCUGUAGGAUGCCUUCCCUUCGCCAUCUUGCUUUCACUUGUCUGUAGGUGAAGGAGAAAAGACGAGGAGAGAAAGCAUCUUUAGACUGUUGGGAUGCAUCCAGAACAAUUGACACUACAUCAUGGACAAUGCCACUGACUGUUCAAGGCAGGGCAAAGGAGGACAGUGACCAAAGUGAAGACCUACUGUAAUGUGUGUGUUAACCUGUCUGAUUGUAAUAAAGAAUACAACUAAACUGUGAAACAACAAAGUCCAAAGUAUAGUUUAGGUUUG